AUGUUGAUAGCACCUAGUGUUGAGGAUUCUUGCAGUCUAUUCUCCUCAAUAUACUGGCACCUCUCAUUUUGUGGGAAAACUAAUGGUGUGGGGAGAGCAGACCAGUCGGUUUUGGCGUCUGAAGACAGGAUAAAGUCACUUUCGGGUGCCUACGAAGGCAUCAUGGAAGAAGUGGAGGUCGAAAUGGAGGAAUGGGGACCGAUGUCCACCAAAGUGUCAAAUUGCCAUCGUUUCCAUUCACCGAGCAUACUUUUAAACACCAUGGAUGUGUUAAUUAGUGCACAACUUUCCCUUGAUUUCGGUGCUCGAAUUCACCGUCUUUUCGAAAACGCCUGGUGUUUGAAGAUGGACAAUCGACAUCUGAGGCCAAGUCUUAGGUGUCCAUGCGAAUCACCAUUAAUGACCUCUUCGAAUUCGCGACUCUUUUUGCUUCUCCUCAACUACUCAAGUUCAUAUCUCCUUCCAUACCACUUCCAUCUUGUGACUCUUCACUACUCAAUAUUUCCAAGCCACCAGACAUGGACAGAAGCAUCUAUGUCAGUACUGAAGGAGAUUCCGCCUGACUCCCCGACUAUUCGCAGACACUUCUCCACCAAUGGGCAAGCUCCACAACAGCUCGAUAUAUUUACAACCAAAGUUACUCUCCUUCAACAUCACGUUCUCUAG